UGUAAAAAUUGAGCCAAUUUUAUUGUUGUUGUUUGACUGAAGUUAUCUUUGUUUGUAUAGUUGCAAAGUUAAUCGCAGUAUAAUAAUAUUAUGUAUUUUAUUUACUAUUGUAUUAAAUAAUUAUUCAAAAGUUAUUAAAUAAUGACAUCUAAGCAACCUCAAUCGUCUACAGAAAAAAAACCCGUUCUUCUAGUAUUUGAUCUUGAUUAUACAUUAUGGCCGUUUUGGGUUGAUACUCAUGUUACUCCACCAUUCAAAAUAGGGAAAAAUAAUGGUGUUAUUGACUCGAAUGGGAGAAAAAUAUAUUGUUAUAAAGAUGUACCAAAUCUCUUGAAAAAAUUAUUUGAAAAUGGGUUUCAAAUUGGAGUUGCUUCACGAACUAGUGAGAUCCAAGGUGCUAAUCAGUUAAUAGAAUUAUUUGGAUGGACUAAAUACAUCACUUACAGAGAAAUUUAUCCAGGAAAAAAAACAACUCAUUUUCAAAAAAUUCAUGAAUCCUCAAAUGUUAGUUAUGAAAAUAUGAUAUUUUUUGACGAUGAAAAUAGGAAUAUUGAAGAUGUAAGUAAACUUGGAGUACAAUCGAUAUUAGUUAGAGAUGGUGUAACAAAAACAAUUGUGGAGAAAGCAUUGCAAAAAUUUAAUGUCCAAUGGCGAUUAGAUUAAUACAUUUAAAUUUAUUAUAGAUUAUUAAAAGAAAUUUUUAUAAAUAA